AUGGCCACCUUCUGCUUCCUCUGCAUCGGCGUCGUCCUGAACUUCAAGGGCGACUCGCAAUGGUCCUGGAUGGCAGGAGUCGAGAAGCGUGACCUGAAGAUCUCUGGUCUCUCGUCCACAGCCGGGGACUUUGUGCAGAAGCUCCGCAUCUCGGAGCUCGCGGCCGGAGCACGGUUCCGCAAGAUCUUCAUCCUUGCCGCGCUCUGUGGCUUUACGCCCAUGCUGCUCAGCCCGCCAUUGACAAUUGGGUUCAAUCAGAACACUCUCGAUACCAAGAUGGUGUUCUCGAGUCUUUCGCUCCUUGUGCUGCUUACCAAUCCACUGUCACAGAUCUUCCAGGCUCUCCCUGAGAUUAUUUCUGGUCUGGCCUGCAUUGGCAGGAUCCAAGCUUUCCUGGAGUGCGAAACCCGACAUGAUUUUUGGCGAGUUCUUGGUGAUCGCGGUUCCAAUUUGAAGCCCGAGUCUUCAGGUCGGGCCACGGCUACGGACGCCGAAAUGAGCGAGAAAAGCGCCUAG